CAUCCUCCGCUCCACUCCACCAUCCCCUUCUUAUCCUCUUGUAAUUCGAAGCGCACCCUCCCGCUCCCGCUCCCGCUCUCUCUCACACUCACAAUCUGCCGCGAAGUGGAAGGACACACCGAGAGGAGAAUGGCGGACGGUGAAGCGAAGGGCUCCGGCGAAGAGCCGCCCCUGCCCUGGUCUGGCUAUGAGGAGGACGAAGAGUCCUCCGAUUCCGACAUCUCGUGGGAGGGGUGGGACGAGGAGUACGACUCCGAGGACGCCGAGGACGUGGCAGUCGCCCGUGUUCGGGAGGGAAAGGCCGUCCUGCAAGCAAAGAGCCCCGAGGAGAGGCGGAAGACCACAAUCCGGCGCUUCUUCCGGGCGCUGGACGACCCUAGGGUCCGGGAGAGGGAGGAGGAAGAGGACCGAUACCGCAUCUACCCGGAGGAUAUCUUUGACUUCCCCAAUGACCCGGAGAAGUGGAGGGAGGAGGACCUGCAGGAGUACUGGAGGGACGCUCCGCUCGAGAUGGCGCAGCCCGGCUGGGACCCCGUCUUCGCCGACGAGGAGGAUUGGGAGGCUGUUGUCGACGAGCUCAGCGCCGGCCGCGACCCGCCUAUCGCUCCCUUCUACGUUCCCUUCCGCAAGUACUUCCCCGUCAUCCCCGACAACCACCAUGACAUCGCCACCCCCAAGGCCGUCAUCGAGGAGCUCGAUCGCAUCGAGGAGUUCCUCAAGUGGGGCAGCUACAUCUUUCCUGACGGUAGCUCGUACGAAGGGACUGUGUGGGAUGAUCUGGCUCAUGGUAAAGGGGUAUAUAUCGCUGAACAGGGACUCGUCAGAUAUGAGGGAGAGUGGCUUCAGAACCAGAUGGAGGGUCAUGGUGUGGUUCAGGUUGAUAUUCCUCAGCAGGAACCUCUGCCAGGUUCCAAACUUGACGCUAAGUGGCGAGCACAAGGAAAAGUUAUGAAAAGAGAUUUCAUGGACGAUGAAGAUAGAAAAUGGCUGGAGAUGGACAUAGAGGACAGUGUGCGUUUAGCCAAUACUGAGUAUGACAUUCCAUUCUAUGAAAGUAACGAAUGGGUGAGACAGUUUGGGAAGAAACCGGAGAAAGGUCGCUACAGAUAUUCAGGACAAUGGAAGCAUGGUAGAGCACAUGGCUGUGGUGUUUAUGAAGUUAAUGAGAGAGUGACCUUCGGAAGGUUUUACUUUGGAAACCUUACGGAGGACUCUUGGAGAUGCCCACCUGAAAUAGCUAUGAUGCAUGCUUCAAUAGCUGAAGUUGCUGCUGCAAAGGCCCGGAUGUUUGUAUACAAACCAGAUGGAAUGGUAAGGGAGGAAAGGGGCCCGUAUGGAGAUCCUCAGCAUCCCUACUUUUAUGAAGAAGAAGACACAUGGAUGGCCCCAGGGUUCAUCAAUGAAUUUUAUGAAGUUCCAGACCUUUGGAAAGGCUAUGUCGAAGAUGUUGAUCAGGAAAGAGAAAUGUGGUUGAACUCCUUCACUAAGUCACCACUUAGACUUCCCAUGCCAGCUGAACUUGAACACUGGUGGUCAAAAGAUGAAGACCCUGAAUUCAUACUUGUUAAUAAAGAGCCGGAGCCUGAUCCUGAAGACCCUGCAAAACUUGUUCACACAGAUGACCCACUCAUAUUGCACACACCAAGUGGAAGAUUCAUCAACUUUGUCGACGAUGAAAAAUAUGGAGUUCGCUUGUUCUGGCAACCGGAGGUGGGAGAUGAGGAUGAGAUAGAUCCUGAGAAUGCCAAGUUUCUCCCUCUCGGUUUUGAUGAGUUCUAUGGGCGAACAACUGUUGUCAGGAAGAAAAGCAAAUUGUUGGGCUUUGUACAAGCAGCGGAACGUUUCAUAAAACCUGCAAUGAAUGUGCUUGAAAAGUGGUGUGAGGAACAAAAGAAAGCUUGUGAGAUGAGACUGAAGUUGAUAGAUCAGGAGCUUGAGCUAAAAGAAGCUGAAGUUUGCCUUAAAGAGGCAAUCGAAGAGAUGGAAAAGGAGUUGGAAUUAGAACAGAAAGAGGAAGAGAAAAAAGCAGCAAUGCGUAGCAAGGAAGUAAAAGAAGAUUUUUCACCCACUGUUGUUGAAGGUGAUGCAGAGAUCGAAGCAGAAGAAGAGGAGAGUGCUGAAGAGGUUCCGUGGAGCUUUGGUUCUGUCUCUCAAGAUCAACCUGAGAGGGAGCGAGAAGAGGCUGACAAGGGCAAAAAACAUGGGAAUCCAUUUCCAUUUGCUUCAUUUUCAACAUCUCUUACUUCAUGCAACCUAUCUUUUGCGGUUCCGUGGAAGAAAGGAUGGCUUGCAUCUCCAAAAAAGUUUGCUGCUUCACCCCAUGAUGUGUCCAGGUCUCCUUCUGAACCAGUCAAUACCACAAGUUUGUCUUUCGCUUGGAGUAGAAAUGUGAACAUCAAGGCAUGCUGUGGCAAAACGAAGAUUGGCCAGAGAGAAAAGAAAUUUCACCAGCUGCAUUCUUUAGCUCAAACUCUGAUUGGAAGGAAGAUGGCGCAAGCCAAAGCAGAACCAGCUCCUGACUGCCACCUACUCUGCCUGCAGGUACCUUUGUAGAUUAUCUGGGUGUAUUUUUGACCAAUUUUGCUCUUCUCUUUUGUAAUUUUUUGGGGCCUAUGCAUCUACUGCCAACGUUCAGACAUCCACAAUGAGUUGAAUUUCUUUCUGCGUCUUUAA